AUUUUCGUCACUGUCAAGCUAGCCACAAGGAGCUAGCUGCUUACUUGUUACUUUUUUUUUUUACCAGGCACCUUCGCUUUAAAACUCUUGUUUUUCGGUCAAGCGCUUCUUUUAUACGAGGUCCUUAUAAACACAGUCGGUGGGACCUUACCAUUUGGUUGCACUUCAAUAAAAUGGUCGUUUUGUCAGAUAACAAUGAAGAACAGGAUUCUAUCCUGAUUGAGGAGCGCAAGUGCACCUCACUGCCCUGCUCUCCUGCCAAACGAGUGUCUCCUUCCAAAAAGAAGCAGUUCUACAUCAACCAAGCCAUCCGCAACUCUGACCUCACUCCCCGCGCCAAAGGGAAGAAGAGCCUCCGCCGACAGGAGAACACGCGCUUUCUUGCCAAUCUUCUGGAGAAGGAUGAGUGCUCCAAAGAUGAUCUGGAAGUUUGUAGUAACCCAGCCAUCCCAUCUAUCUUCACUGAAGCCUGCACCAACAGAAACUACAUAGAGCCGUGGAAUGACUUUAUGAAUUGCUCUGGCGAAGAGCAGGAGAGGCUGCUGUUUCUGUUGGAGCAGGAGGAAGCUAAGAGGAAAAACACCAACCAGCUCCUGAAAGACCAAAGGAAUGUAUGUCCUGCCUUUACUCCUCAGGACUGCUUUCAAAGAAUCGAUCGCAGACUUCGAGCUACUCUGAGACGGAAACAAAUACCAAUGGGAACUUUGGAAGUUCUUGAGAAAAGCCUUCUAAGUUUCUUCAGGACCGAGCCUCACUCAGUUUACACAACCAACCUCAGCAGCAGUUUUGAGAGAUUGCUGCUUCACGCCAUUUGCCAGUAUAUGGACCUUGUCUCUACAAGCACCAACUAUAAAGGGUCUCGUCAGACUGAAGUGAUGAACAAACAAGAAGAGUUCCUGCCUCCCAGACUUCUCCUCUCUGCUUACCUGGAGCAGAUGAGCUGAGAGCAGGACCACGCCUCACUUCCCUGUUAAUCUGCAGCCAUGAGCUCUGUGAAAUGUAGAUAUAAUGUGCAGCCCUGACACAAAGCCUGAGAUGUCCAUGAAGCUCAGUGUACAGAGCUAAACGACGCCUGCUUGUUUUAUCCAGUUAGUUUCUGUUAUAAAUUUAUCAAUAAUUUUAUCCAGUAACAAGUAAAAGUUAAUGUAAGCAUGGUAACUGUGGGCUUGUUCAUAUGAUACUGUUAGCAUGCAACUCAGCACAACCUGAGCAAACCUGAGUCUGGUGAGCGGUCCUGAGAGUGACUGCUUUUCAUAUGGAUCUCAUUUUAUGCACCAUUUAAACCACUGUGGGGCCCUGAGCAAGGCCCUCAACCCCCCAAAAGCUCCCCUGGCACCCACUGCUCCUAGCAACUAGGAGAGAAUUUCCCAACUUGGGUUUAAUAAAGUAUAAAAAAAAAAAAUCCUCAGGCAAAAUCUUACAGUUUAGGUAACGGUGCUAACGCUGCUCUCAAAAGAAAUGCAUCACUGCCUGAAAGCCUCGCCCGUAGAAUUAGUGUUUGUGAGGUGUGAAGCAUGAAUAGUAUGGAUCUAUCAGUAUGCACAAAUAUGUCACCCAUCAUAGGUGGAAUAGUAAACAUCUUUCAUCAUUGCUUUGGGAGUAAAGCUGUCUUUCUAUGGUAAUCUGUAUUAUGUAGAACCAGUUCUGUUUGUACAUUUCUGCUAACUUUCUGCAUCCGACCACUAUUUUGACACCCGGUCGAACCUGAAUGUGUUUCAAUCUACAUUUGAUUUGACAAACAAUGUUUACAGUUAAACCAGUUUUGCGUCCUCGAUCAACAAACUAACAGUGUUAGGAUUUAACCACUACUGCCUGACACACUGUUACAAGCCUUCAGGUGCUAGUCUGUAAAUAUGUGUGUAAAGGUUGUCUGACUGCCUCUGAACACACCACAGUGCUGUCAGUCGGAGCAGUUCUGGUUGUUGCUUCUCUCACCACACACCGGUAUAGACAAGGUAUCAGUGUUGUUUCGGUAAUACUCAAAGAUAAGGAACUUCAUGGUUGUUAAAAGCUGUUAAGCCUGUAGGUUUACAUGUAUUUUAAGGACACAAACACACACAUCGCUUGCUUUGUUUUACACACAUCUGCAACUUUUAAAGUCUUUCAUGCUGUAAACUAGUAAAUUAGGUUUAGUGAUGUACUGUACUGUGUGUACAGUAAAAGUGAUAGAACAAUAACUGGAAUGGGUCAAAACACACCUGCUGUCAUCUCCAUGGUAACAUUUAAACCCCAGAAAAGCACUUCAGCCUUGUAAACACCAGUUUCUAUGUUUGAACAUGUAUUUCUACAUUUGUACUUGAACAGAUUUUGGAGAACAUGUAUCCAGGUUUGUGUAAGGGGGAAAAAAAUAACUACUUUUUAUAUACACUGUUGUCGGCAGUGUAACAAAACUUGACCUGUUGAUGCAGUUUGUCAACAACCAAAGUUUGUGUGUUUAUUGUGUGAAUAACCAACUUCUCAGGCUUCGAACUUCUCACUCUGAAUGUGUACUGUGUGCUCUCUUGGGAAGAACUUGUGUGGAUGUGUUUCACCCCAGCACCCCCAGCCACAGUGCUCCCAACUUUUGAAGUACAGUUGUGAUGUAAAUCUUUAAUUGAUGUGUGCCAACAUUUGGAUUGUAAAAGUCUAAUAUUCUGAGAGCUUUAUACGCUAUACUGAAACAUCUUUAUGUAUAUAUGAUGGGCGUAUUUAUCAUUUUCACAACAAUUAAAGGAUUAAAGAUA